CGGGAUAUCUAUCUAAGAAAACAAUACAAUGGGGAAAUCACUAAAGACGAAGACUAUAGCAACCGACAUGCCUAUGGAUUAUAUUUUUGCGUCUUUCGAUAAAGAUGUUAACAGUGAAUAUUUUGCCACUGUCAGUCACAGUAUCGAAAAUCACCGUUUACGUCUAUACAAUACUCGAUCCGGCAAUAUGACACACGAUUAUCAACUAUCCAGUGGAGAACUUGUCAGUAGUUUGUCAUGGGGAAACAUUACUUCGGUUGAUCAAGAACAAGUUAAAGCCAAAAAGUCAUCGAAAAGGGCUCGAUCUGCUAAUUCGACUGAUGCCUCCAUCAAGGUUGUUGUGAUUGGAACGAAAUCUGGCAAGGUUUUAUUGUACUCUGUAGAAGAAGAUAAAGUGAUCCGAACAUUAUCCAAACCUGAUUCACCAGCCAUCAAGGAUUCUAUUAUCAAUGAUCAAGGAACAACUCUCUACACCUUAUCUGAAACCGGAUCUAUUGUUGAAUGGUCUAUAGAAGAAGAAGAACCUACUUCUGAAUGGAAUACGAAAUUGGAAGAUGGAUACAAGUUAGCAUUAAAUAAUCAAGGGUCUUUAUUGGCGGUCGGAGGAGAUGGACAAAUUGAACUCUGGGAUGUAAAGAAAAGCAAUAUUGCCAAGACACUCAUCAAUGAAGAAGAUAAACAACAAAUCAAUCACCUUAUGUUUUCCUCUGUAGAUGAUGUAUUGAUUAGCGGUACGGAGAAAGGUGUCUAUAUUUGGAAUACACGAGGAAAAAAGAAGAAUGUCAAAGUGAUCGCCAGUUUCUCGGUCAAGGAAGGUUUACGUCAACUGGAUGUUAUCAAUGGCAAGAUUGAACAGGAUCAAACAUUGCAUUUAUUAGCAGUAUCAACAAAAGGUACAGUCUAUCUUUGGAAAACCAGUCUUCCUGUCAAAGAUGAUGAUGAAUCUACUAUCAAAAUUGUUGCUUCCAAACAAGUCCAAAUUCCUAUUGUAUGGGCGACAUUUAUCAAAGCACAAAAGACGAUUUCAGUAGUGAUCGUGCGUGGUUCAAGUGUGAAGCCUAUAUUAGAAACUGUGGGAAUUAUGGAUGACAAGAACAAUUUGUUAAAUGAAAUCAUUUUGACCCGACAAAUUGCAGGUAUAAACAAUGAUGUGGGAAGUGAUCAAGAAGAAGAAGAAGAUGACAACAAGAAAGAACAAGAUAUGCAACAUACCCCUGAAACAUUGAUCAAGGCACUUCAAUCAGAUAAUAAACCCAUGGUAUUGCAGUAUCUUAAACAGGUGUCCCAAGUGGAAGAUAUAGAUAAUACAAUUCGACGAUUACCAUAUUUACAAGUUCAUGGAUUUUUAUUAUUAUUGGUGGACCAAGUAGAAAGGACGACUAUAGAACAAGGAAAAGGACUUCGAUUAUGGCUUAAACAAUUGGUGUCAGCGUAUUAUGAUAAACUGAAGGAUGAUCACAAGGUAAUGCUUCGAUUGGCAGCAUUGGCUAGAGUAUUGAACCUUCAAGCAAAUCAAAGUUUACCAAAAAUGUAUGCCCUUCGUGGACGUGCAGAAAUGAUUCAACAACAAUUGGAUAUUCGAUCAAAACGAGAUCUGCUGGAAGAAGAAGAUGAAUUAUUGGAAUUAGAGGAAUCUAUGGAUGAAAAUGAAGAAUAUAAAGAUGAAACGCAACAUAUGUUAACUGAUGAUGAUGAUGAAGAUGGUAUUAUGCAUCUUCAUGCCAAGGAUGAAGAAGAUAUGUUUAUGGAAGAAGUGGAUGAAAUGACAGAUGAAGAAGAUAGUGAUUUGGAUGAAGAUAGUGAUGAUUCCAUGUAGUUUAAUAUUCAAUAGCAUUAGAUUUUUUUUUUUAUAUUAUUAUUAGUAGACAUUUUUUUUUAUAAAUAAAAAAAAAAAUCAUAUAUACAAAAUGAAUA